CUUUACCAUUGAUAAACCCUACUCCCUCCCUCUCUCUCUCUCUCUCUCUCUCUCUCUCUCUCUCAAAAGACCAUGCAAAGAUUAAUCAUAAGGCAUUCAUGAUAUAAUCACAGAUUCACAGCUCAAAAAACUUUUCUUAAACACCAACCAAUCUAUCUUUUUCUCAAUCUAUAGUUAGAUACUCAUUUCAACUCCAUGUUUCUGGUCUCAAGAACAACUCCAAUGACAAGUGAUAUUGCAGCUACAACAAUGCCUGAUCUUUCCUUAAAGAUCAGCCCUCCGGCUGCUGAUUGUAUCAAGAGAUCAAACUCCUGCUCUACCACCACUGAUUCCAACAGCAGCGGCAGCGAUUUAAGUCUCGAAAACAGCUUAAACGUCUUCCACUAUCAGCAUUACCAGCCCCCGCCGGCAGAUAUGGGAGGUUUUGUUAACCAUGGGAUCCAGCUUGAUCAUAAUAGGCUGAGCUUGGGGCUUGAGUUGGCAGCUUUUGACCCUAAUCUCCAUCAUCAUCUCAUGACGCCAUUACAACUACCAAGAAAUAACUUUCUGCUUCAACAUCAUUAUGGAAAUCAGCAUUAUUAUCAACCUCAAAUCUAUGGUCAGGAGUUCAAGGUGAGUUCAAGGACAGGUAGCCGUGCUAGAAGGGUCGUUCGGGCUCCUCGUAUGCGUUGGACUUCGACUCUACACGCGCACUUUGUUCAUGCCGUUCAGCUCCUUGGUGGCCAUGAAAGAGCAACCCCUAAAUCAGUUCUGGAGCUAAUGAAUGUGAAGGAUCUAACUCUUGCUCAUGUGAAGAGUCAUCUACAGAUGUAUAGAACAGUAAAGAGCACAGACAAAGGACCAGCUGGACUUGCAGAUAUGGAUAUGAUAAAUCAAGUAACUCCAAAGAUCGCCCUUGAUAUAGAGGGCGCUAUCUCAACGUUUGAUGAUCAUACCAACUCUUGUAAUCCGUACCUCGAAAGAGGAUCAUGGCCAUUGGCAGUGGAGUCACAUUCAAGCUUAUCGACCCAAGAAUAUACACUUGGAGGAAUUGAUAGAAAGGUGGAUGAGCAUGAGGCAUCCUUACACUUGACACAAAAGCAUAAGAUGUUGGAUAAUAGUAGGUGUAUUAAGUCUCCAGAUUUAGAGACGUCGGACAUGAUGCCGAAUCUUGAGUUCACCUUGGGAAGGCUAAGCCAACAACUGGAAGAUAGGAUCCUUAAACGAGAAUGAAUUCAACCUUCGGUUAAUCUGACUUAUAACAUACUUAUUAAAUAUCUAAGGCGCAAAGAAGUGUUUAACAUUGCUUGUUAUGGGCGUUUGUACUAAACUUUGACUAUAUUAUGUAGCAUGUAGAGGUGAAACUGGAGAGAUGAAAUUAAGCAAAGAAUGAAUAAUAUCUUAUUCUUUCAA